AUGUCGUUGGGAAAUGCGGCGUGUCGUCGAUGUGGUGAAGGUUUUGGUGUUCAUGAACAGAUAGUAAACUCUAAUGGUGAAGUUUGGCACACCCAUUGUUUUGUAUGUGCUCAAUGUUUCCAACCAUUUCCUGAAGGUGUAUUCUACGAGUUUGAAGGUAGAAAAUAUUGUGAACAUGAUUUCCAUGUCAAUUUUGCACCAUGUUGUGGACGAUGUGGGGAAUUUAUUAUUGGCCGUGUUAUUAAAGCUAUGAACAAUAGUUGGCAUCCAGACUGUUUCUGUUGUGAAUUAUGUAAUAUAACAUUAUCAGAUGCUGGUUUUGUUAAAAAUGCUGGAAGAGCCUUAUGUCGGGAAUGUAAUGCUAAAGAAAAGGCCAAAGGUUCAGGAAAAUAUGUCUGUCAUAAAUGCCAUUCUAUUAUUGAAGAGGGUCAUAUUAAGUUUAAAGGGGAAGCUUACCAUCCUUAUCAUUUUAAUUGUUCCAACUGUAGUGUUGAAUUAACAGCUGAUGCCAGGGAAAAGACAGGAGAGUUAUUCUGUUUACGUUGUCAUGAUAAAAUGGGAAUACCUAUAUGUGGUGCUUGUAGGAGACCUAUAGAAGAACGAGUUGUUCAUGCUCUAGGUAAAGCUUGGCAUGUUGAGCAUUUUGUGUGUGCCAAAUGUGAGAAACCAUUUUUAGGAACUAGGCAUUAUGAGAAGAAGGGUUUGGCUUAUUGUGAAUUGCAUUAUCAUCAGUUAUUUGGUAAUAUCUGUUUUGUAUGUAAUAAUAUCAUCAAUGGAGAUGUAUUUAGUGCCUUCAAUAAGGCUUGGUGUGUGAACCAUUUUGCCUGUUCGAUUUGUGAUAGAAAAAUGAGUCAAAAAACCAAGUUUUUCGAGUUUGAUCUGAAACCAGUAUGUAAACUAUGUUAUGAUAAAUUUCCUGGAGAACUCAAGAAAAGACUGAAAAAAGCCUAUGAUGAACAAAAUAAGAAGAAAUAA